AUGUCUCACAGAGAUAUAUCCGAGAUCGGCACCAACGCUUGCGUAUACAUUGCGAGGGGUGUGGAGCCCGAAGGCACAUCGGCCCUGGACGACGAGUCGCGGGUGCUGUUCCUGGACACGGUGCGGCGCAGCAACGCCGCCUGCCAGGCGGGCGACUACGGCCUGGCCGCCAGCCUGUACACGGAGGCGCUGGGCCUCGACCCGGCCAGCCACGUGCUCUACUCGAAUCGCUCGGCGGCCCGCCUCAAGAUGGGCAUGUUCGCGCUGGCGCUGCAGGACGCCGUGCGCGCCACCGAGCUCAGCCCCACCUGGCCCAAGGCGUACUAUCGUCAAGGCGUAGCUCUGCAAUGUCUCGGCCGCUACGCCGACGCCCUCGUCGCUUUCAGCCUGGGACUGGCGCGCGAGCCCUCCAACGGCCAGCUGCUCUCGGGCCUGAUCGAGGCCACGCUCAAGUCGCCGCUGCGGCUCAAUCUCGAGCCGACCUUUCAGCAGCUGCGGGCGAUGAAGCUGGACGAGUCGCCGUUCGUCGUGGUGUCGGUGGUGGGCCAGGAGCUCCUCGGCGCCGGCCAGUAUCGCGCCUCGGCGCACUGCCUCGAGGCCGCCCUCGCAAUCGGCUCGUGCAGUUUGAAGUUGCGCGGCAGCGUAUUCUCCGCGCUGUCGUCGGCCUACUGGGCCAUGAACUCGCUGGACAAGGCCAUCAAUUACAUGCAGCAGGAUCUUGAGGUUGCCCGCUCGCUGGCCGACGUCCCGGGCGAGUGUCGCGCCCACGGCAAUCUCGGCUCGGCCUACUUCAGCAAGGGCAGCUACAAGGAGUCGCUCACGGCCCAUCGCUAUCAGCUCGUUCUCGCCAUGAAGUGCAAGGACGGACAGGCGGCGGCCGCGGCGCUGACCAGCCUCGGCCACGUUUACACGGCCAUCGGCGAUCUGCCCAACGCCCUGGCGUCGCACAAGCAGGCCGUGCAGCUGGUCAAGCAGCAGGCCAACGACAAGCUGCAGGAGGCGCGAGAGAUCGGCAACGUCGGCGCCGUUUAUCUCGCCAUGGGAGAGUUCGAUAGCGCGGUCGACUGUCACACGCAGCACCUGCGCAUAGCCCGCCGUCUCGGCGACAAGGUCGAGGAGGCCCGGGCCUUCAGCAAUCUCGGCUCGGCCCACCACUACAGGCGCAACUACGGCCAAGCGGCGGCCUAUCACGAGAACGUGCUCCAGCUGGCCCACGAGCUCGGCGACAAGUCCGUGGAGGCGCGAGCCUACGCCGGCCUCGGGCACGCCGCCCGCUGCGCCGGCGAUCUCAAGUCGGCCAAGCUCUGGUAUCAGCGCCAGCUCGACAUGGCCCUGCAGACCAAGGACAAGGUGACGGAGAGCCGCAGCUGCAGCAAUCUCGGCAUCGUCUAUCAUCUGCAGGGCGAUCACGACGCCGCCCUGAAGCUGCACCAGGCCCAUCUGGCCUUGGCGCGAGCGCUGGGCGAUCGGGCGGGCAUGGGCAGGGCCUACGGCAACAUAGGGAACGCCUACAACGCCCUGGGCUACUACGAGCAGGCCUGCAAGUAUCACAAGCAGGAGCUGGCCAUCAGCAAGGAGGUGAACGAUCGCUGCUCGGAAGCCAGCACCCACGGCAAUCUCGGCGUGGCCUAUCAGGCACUGCAGAACUGGGACGCGGCUCUCAGACACUAUCGCGCCCACCUGUCGAUCGCUCGAGAACUCAAAGACGCCCAGGGCGAGGCGUGCGCCCUGCUCAACCUCGGCAAUUGUCUGUCGUCGCGCGGACGCUUCGACGAGGCAGUGCCCUACUACGAGACGUAUCUCAUGCUGUCGCAGGAGCUGCAGGACGUCGAGGGCGAGGCCAAGGCCUGCCACUUUCUCGGCUACGCGCACUACUGCUUGGGCAAUUAUCGCGAGGCCGUGAGGUACUACGAUCAGGAUCUGGCCCUGGCCAAGGAUCUGCAGGACAAGUCGGGCAUGGGUAGAGCCUACUGUAAUUUGGGACUGGCGCAUCUGGCGCUGGGCAAUUUGGACACGGCUCUCGAGUGCCAAAAGUACUAUCUGACCAUCGUCCACAUGACCAAGCAAGUAUCCGGCAAAUUCCGCGCCCUCGGCAACAUCGGCGACUGCCUCCUGCGCCUGGGCAAUCACGACGAGGCCAUCAAGAUGCACCAGCGUCAGCUCCAGCUGGCCCGCCAGUCCGCCGACAGGGGCCUCGAGGCCACGGCCUACGGCGCCCUCGGCGCGGCCCACCGCGCCACCAAGAGCCUCGACAAGGCGCUGGGCUAUCACACGCAGGAGCUCACUCUGCGCCAGGAGUCGGGCGAUCUGCGCGGCGAGUGUCGUGCCCACGGCAAUCUCGGCUCGGUGCACAUGCAGCUGGGCCAGUUCACGCACGCCCUCAAGUGCUACCGGGAGCAGUUGGAGCGAGCUCGCGAACUGGGCGACUCGGUGGUGGAGGCUCAGGCGCUCGGCAAUCUGGGCAUCACGAGGGUCAAUACGGGCCACUACGAGGAGGCGAUCGGAUACUUCGAGCAGCAGCUGUUGACUCUCGAGCCGCAGACCACGCAGACGGCCAUGCUGGACAAGGUCCAGGCGCUGGGCAAUCUCGGCGACUGUUUCGAGGCGCUCGGGGACACGCACGAGGCCGUCAAGUGUCACGAGCAGGAGCUCAACGGAGCGGUGCAGCUUCGUAGUCUCAAGGACCAGGAGAGGGCCUACGGUGGACUAGGCAGGGCCAAGGAGGCGGCUGGUCAGCUGCAGGAGGCACUGGUCUGCUUCGAGAAGCGACUGUUGGCCGCCCACGAGGCCGACAGCCCCUGCGGUCGUGGCGCGGCUUACGGCGAUCUGGGCCGAAUACACGCGGCCAUGGGCAAUUACGAGCAGUCCAUCGGCUGUCUGCAGCAUCAGCUGGCCCUGGCGCGCGAGACCGGUGACAAAUACGCCGAGGCCGAGGCUGCCGCUGGUCUCGGAGCGGUGCAUCUGCUCAGAGGUGAGCCGCAGGCGGCGCUACAGCAGCAUCAAGCCGAGUACGAGCUCGCCGAGAGUCUACAAGCAGUGGGACUACAGGCGCGCGCCUGCGGCAAUCUCGCGGCCGUGCACGAGGCCCAGGGUCGCGUCGACGAGGCCAUCAGACUGCACGAGAAGGCACUGAGUCUGGCGGCGGCUGCCAGUGGUGCCGAUCUGGGCCAGCGCGCCUCGGUCUUCGCCAGUCUCGGGAGGCUGCACCAUCUCAACGGCGAUCUGGCUCGAGCUCUGAGCUAUCUGCAGUCGGGCCUGUCGCUGGCCGAGGGUCUGGGCCACGCCGAGGAGACGGCCAGACUGCGACAUCGUCUCGGCCUCGUGCACUGGGACAACGGCGACUGGCCCGGUGCCGCCGAGCAGCUGGAGAAAGCCGCGGCUCUGCUCGAGGCUCAGUCACCCAUCACCGGUAGUUCCACCUCCUGGUGCUCGGCAAGAUCGUCUUCGCCCCGACUGGCCCAGAAGCCCAGCAAGGCCGAGCUGCUCGGCGAGACGUAUCGCGCGCUGCAGCGCAUCUGCGUGCACCUGGGCAAGCACGAGGAGGCGCUCUGCUGGGCCGAGCGCGGCCGGCGCGGCGCCAAGGACGACGUCGCGGCCUCGGUCACGGAGCUCGUCGACCGCCAGAAGGCCCUGGUGCUGUACUUCAGCGAGCUCGAGGACGAGCUGCACGCCUGGUGUCUGGCGCCGGGUCGGGGUCUGCUGCGCUUCCACUCGAGCCAGCUGCAGGCCGCCUCGCUGGAGAGACGAUCGCAGGAGGCGCGAGAGUCGGUCAUCAACGCGGCCGAUCAGACCAACAACAACAACAACAACAACAAUAACAAUUUGGACGCUAUGAACGAAGAUCAGAUCGGCAACGGCUCGUCGGCGACGAUCCUACCAGCGAGAAAUCAUCAUCUGAACGCGUCGAGCUACAGUCUGAGCAGUCUGUUCAGCGUGGGCUCGGUCAGCUCGAGGGCCGGAAGUCAGCGAUGGACCGCCGCCCAGCAGCGUGGAGGCGGUGGAUUGCUCGAGGACUGCUGGCACGUGUUGCCCGCGGCGCUCCAGGGACUGUACGAGCUGCUGAUCGGGCCGUUCGAGGAUCUGCUGCCGGCACCCAGGAAGGAGCUCGUGCUCGUGGUCGAGCGGGGCUUGUAUCUGGCGCCGUUGCCCGCGCUCAGGGCCGAUGUCGGCGAGGAGUAUCUGUGCGAGCGAUUCUCGCUGCUGGUCGUGCCGGCGCUGGGCGCUCUGAAGCGUCGCUCCUCGUCGGCGCGCGCACCCGCUGGAAACGCGGCUUCGACCAUAGCCGCGCUCGUGGUCGGCAAUCCGCUGCUGCCGGAGAAGGUGCGCGACGAGCACGGCUGGAGCGAGUCCGUGGCGUCGGCCGAGACCGAGGCCGGCAUCGUGGCCGAGCUCCUGGAGACGAGGCCUCUAGUCGGAAACGAAGCCACUCGAUCCGCCCUGCUGCGCGACCUGUCGGACGCCGAGUGCGUCCACCUCACGGUGCCGGCCUUCUUCGGCUCCUCGCCGGCCCUCGGCCUCUCGCCGGAGCAGUGCGACGAACCCGGCGACGAUCCCGAGUACCUGAUCGAUCCGUGGCGCGACCUGCCCAAGAUCACCGCGCGCCUCGUCGUCAUCUCCUGCAGCCACUGGAGCCACGACUCGCUGGACGCGCGUGGCGUCGAGCGUCUCGCCAGGUCGUUCCUGCUCGCCGGUGCCCAGUGCGUCCUCAUCGGCAUGUGGCCGGUGCCCUCCACGGCCAGCAGCAUACUGCUUCGGGCCUUCUACAGCGCCAUGCUCCAGGGUCAGCGGGCCUCGCGCGCCCUCGCCGAGGCCAUGCAGACCGUGCAACACACGCGACACUUCGCUCGGCCCGUCAACUGGGCCGGUUGGUUACUCUUAGGCGGAGACACUCGUCUGUCUAACAAGGUGGCGCUGAUGGGCCAGGCGCUGGCCGAGCUGCUGCGCAGCGGACCCGAGGAGUGUCGCGACGCGCUCCGCGUCACCCUGCACCUCGUGGAGAAGUCGCUGCAGCGCAUCAACUGCGGCCAGAAGAACGCCAUGUACACGACGCAGAAGAGCAUCGAGAACAAGGUGGGCGGCGCGCAGGGCUGGCGCGAGCUCCUCAUGUCGGUGGGCUUCAGAUUCGAGCCAGCGGGCAACGGUAUCAGACCCUCGGUGUUCUUUCCCCAGAGCGAUCCCGAGGAGAGAUUGACGAGGUGCAGCGCCAGUCUGCAGGCACUGCUGGGCCUGGGCCAGGCGUCGCUGCACGCCCUGGUGGAGCUGCUGCAGUCGCCCGAGGCUGCGGAGGACGUGAUCGCGGCGAUGCGCAGGGCCAGUUGCGCCAGCGAGGGACAGGAGAUCAAGCUGCCCGUGAGGGUCUGGAGGACGCCCGGAUCGCACGAGCUCUUCGCCAGUCUGGGCUUCGAUCUGAUGGAGGUCGGACAGCUCGAGGUGGGCUUGAGGACCGGAAAGAUGGUGUCGAGGCGUUCGGUGCAGUUCGCGCUUCAGGCGCUCUUGGCUCUUUUCGAUACGCAAGAGGCGCCAAAGAGUCUGAGCCUCGACUCGAGCAGUUCCAUGGAGAGUCUGUCGUCGUCGACGGCCGCGGCCGCGGCAGCAGCAGCCAAGAGCGAUCAUCGUCUGGACCGCGUGCGUCUGGGUGGGGCCUUCGCCUGCUACGUACGCGCGCGUGGCGAGCCCGACGGCAAGACCAUGGAGACGACGCCGAGUCUUUCGCUGUCGCGUCUGAAUUUGCAAACUGCGCAUCCGAACGACAACGAUACAUACUCGUCGCCGUCGGUGCUGAGCGCGGAACACCCACCGCCCGCGAGACUGCGCAACCUGUUCCCGGACAGCAAGGCCGCCGCAACUUCCGGCUUGACCCGGCCAGGAUCAAGUUCUAGUGGAUCGGUUACUGAUUGGGAUUCGAAUCUAGGACACAAUACUGUUCUACGUAGGCAUCAUCAUCAUUAUCAGCUGCCGAUCUUGCCCUCGAGGCUGAGCAUACGCUCGGAGUUGAGCAGCUGCAGCAGCGGAAGCUCGAAGAAAACCGGCGCAACUUCCGGCAGCAACAGCACUCAGGGCAGCGGUAGCGUCGCGGCAUCCACGGCGCCCAAGCGCAAAGCCCUGCACCACGUGCCGCCGAGUCAGCAGGCAAUCAACAACGGUAGCAACAACGCCGCGGCCACGGGACAGCAGACGCAGACGCAGUCCCAUCGCAGCUUGACCAAUCGCACGAGGGACCUGACGCCGAGCAUCUCCGACGUCUAUCACGAGCGCAAUCUCGGCCUCGGUCUGGCGCCGUCGCUGUCCAAGCUGCUGGGCGAGGACGGCCUCGGCGCGGCGGCCUGCGGCGAGGAGGAGGCCGCCACCGCGGCCAUCAUGGUGAGGAACAACAUCGUCGUCGGCCACAGCCAGACGACCAAUUGGCUGCAGACCGAGCAGGAGUUCCACAAGAGGGACGAGGGCGACGGCAGGUCCAUCACCGGCUCGCAGUGCAGCCAGACCAGUGGCUCGAACAAGAUCAGGAGAAAGGCGCCGCCGCCACCGUUAUGA